AUGAAAAAAUCGGUCAACAAGGAAAACACAGAUACAAAAUCGGAUAGAAGGAUUGUUUUGCCAGAUAUCAAAAAGGUAUCUGAAGUGAUUCCCAAUGUGCCCGAGGUGCAUUGGGCUCCUUUGACAGGUAUCCCGUUUGAAAGAAGAAUUCAAAUGGCUGUUGUCUUGAUGUGGAUCUUUCUCUUGGGCAACUGCCUUACUCUCUUUUGCUGCUCUCUGUUUCUUCCGUUCUUAUGGCCUUUGCAUAUCGCUUACAUUAUUUAUCUUUAUCGCGAUCAAUCGGCAGAAAAUGGUGGUCGUCGCUCAGAAUGGUUCCGUCGCUUGCCUAUCUGGAAUUACUAUGCUGGUUAUUUUCCUGCCAAGUUGGUCAAGGAGCAAGACCUUGAUCCCAAAAAGAACUAUGUCUUUGGGUCGCAUCCACACGGCAUCAUCAGUAUCAGUAGUUUUGCUAGUUUUGCUACAGAAGCUACAGGCUUCUCUCAACUCUUCCCUGGCAUCAUUCCCUCCCUACUGACUUUGACAACCAACUUCAAGUUUCCCAUCUAUCGCGACAUCAUUCUUGCGUUGGGCAUUGCAUCUGUUUCACGCCACUCUUGUGAAAAGAUUCUAUCGUCUGGUCCUGGCCGCUCAAUUGUCAUUGUCAUUGGAGGCGCAUCUGAAUCACUAAGUGCUCGUCCAGGCAUCGCUGAUCUCGUAUUAAAAAAGAGAUUGGGUUUCAUCCGUAUUGCGAUUCGACAUGGAGCUGACUUAGUGCCCGUGUUUUCAUUUGGUGAGAAUGAGUUGUAUGAACAAGUCGAUAAUUCAACAGGCAGUUGGCUUUGGAAGGCACAGAAAAAGAUGCAACAAGCGCUUGGAUUCACUAUGCCAUUAUUUCAUGCGCGUGGUAUUUUCAACUAUAAUGUCGGUUUGAUCCCUUACAGACAUCCCAUCGUUACUGUUGUUGGAAAGCCUAUUCCAGUACCUAAAUUGAAACCAGGUCAAACGGAGCCUACACAGGAACAGUUGUUGGAAACACAAGCAUUGUAUAUUCAAGAGUUGGAAUCCAUUUACAACAAGUACAAGGAUGUGUAUGCAAAGGAUCGAAAGCAAGAUUUGCGCAUUGUUAGCUAG